CAAAAUAAAUUCAGAACUCGGAGGAAGAAGAAACUAGAAACGGAAAAAUUGAGGAAAACGAUGUCUGGUUGACAUCGUCCUCUUCUAUCGUCCAUCUUUAAUUACCUCCGGUGCCUGCUUUUCUGGUAACUACUGAUUAGAAAUGGCGGAGAAGGGGAGGGUGUGCGUGACAGGGGCAGGAGGGUACGUAGCUUCAUGGUUGGUGAAGCUUCUCCUCUCCAAUGGCUACACCGUCCACGGAACGGUCAGAGAUCCUCAUGAUGAGAAAAAUGCUCAUUUGAUGAAAUUUGAAAAAGCAUCUGAGAACCUGAAACUUUUCAAGGUAGACCUGCUGGAUCGCAGUUCAGUUUCUGCAGCCAUCAAAGGAUGUGAUGGAGUCUUCCAUGUUGCCAGUCCAGUCCCCCCUGGCAGUGUACCCAACCCUGAGGUACAACUAAUUGAGCCAGCUGUAAAGGGUACACUUAAUGUACUCGAGGAAAGUUCUGAAGCAAAUGUCAAGAGAGUGGUGUUUGUAUCUUCUGCAGCUGCUGUUUCCAUGAACCCUGCUUGGCCUGAGGGUCAAGUGAAGGAUGAAGCUUGUUGGUCUGAUAAAGAAUAUUGCAGAAAAACUAACAACUGGUAUUGCCUUUCCAAAACAGAAGCAGAAAGUGAGGCACUGGAGUUUGCAAAAAGAAGUGGACUUGAUGUUGUGAGAGUGUGUCCAACUCACGUUCUUGGGCCAAAGCUCCAGUCUUCAACAAAUGCUAGUAUUUUGGUUCUCAUUAAGCUUUUGAAAGGGUAUCUCUGGUGUAGGGGGCUCCCCACUUUCAAGAUUCGAGAGAGUGUUGUUUUUGAAUGCAAACUUCCCUUGUUCUUCAAAGAGGUUUUUCGUGAAUUUCAAGUCACAAAGGAGGAACCUUGUUGGUAUCAAGGUCGCUGUCAGCUGCUAUUUCAACUGAUACUGCAAUUUAAAUAGGUUUCCUGCUAUUUCAAUUUGUUGUUGUGGUUUGAAAAUUCCAACAAUUACUUUUAAGCUUUUCACUUGAAAAGUUAUAUGGAUCUGUUGCAGCAACAGUUGUUUUAUGUUUUGUCUUGGUCUUAAUCUCUGCACAUUGUUUACUUGAUUGAGUUUUUGGAGGAUCCAAAUUGAACCUUCUAGCAGAGAGAUCGAACUAGAGUUUUUAAUAUUCUGCCCAUCUAGAGUGGCAAAUCUAUAGUUUCACAAAUCUUUUUGAUUUUAUAUAUGGCAGAUGACAAUGUCAAAGAACUCAGAGACUUAUUCCUAGUCUUGUCCCUUUCUUUCCAUAAUUUUCUUUUUUAUGCUACAAGUCAUCUGCUUUAGUUUUGUUCUUUUCAUCUUAAGCGAUGGAUAGGCGACAUAUUUAACUUCUGUCAUAACUUC